AUGACAUCAAUAUGCAAAUUUCUGGGACCUCUGUAUCUCAAGCGUCCGACCACAAGUGAUUGGGAAAAUAACGAGCAGGGGUUUCGCACACGCUGGAAUUAUCCCAACGCCAUUGGGGCCAUUGAUGGCAAACAUGUAAAGAUUCGGGCUCCAAAAUUUGCCGGUUCUACUUAUUACAAUUAUAAGCACUUUCAUUCAAUUGUUCUGCUCGGAGUUGUGGAUCCAUUCUACAAAUUUACGCUGGUGGAUAUUGGGGCAAGUGGAUCACAGUCGGAUGGAGGGGUCUUGUCACGGUCCGCGAUGGGAAAAGCAAGUGACGAUGGUUCGAUAGGAUUUCCACCGCCAAGAAAUGUUGGGAACAAGAUCCUCCCGCACGUCAUUUUGUGCGAUGACGCUUUCUCUUUAAAACAAAAUAUGAUGAAACCAUACCCCGGAUCCUUUCUCCCAGUUGAAAGACGAAUUUUCAACUACCGAUUAAGUCGUGGGAGAAUGGUUGUCGAGAACGCGUUUGGAGUACUAGCAGCACGCUGGAGGAUAUGCCACACAGCCAUCACUGCUGACCUGGACUUGACUCGUUUGAUCAUACAAACAUGUGUAAUUUUGCACAAUUACUUAAUUUCAAAGCAAGAUAUGUGUAACAUUACUAUGGAUGGACCCAAUGGCGAAAGAGGAAACUGGAGAGAUUCAGUGGAAAAUGAUUCUGGGUUGCAAAACAUUCAACGACAAGGAACAAAUAAUUAUACCGUAUCCGCAAGUGAAGUUCGAAAAGAGUUUUGCAAUUACUUUAAUAAUGAUGGAGCUGUAAGUUGGCAAAAUGAUAGAAUUUAA